AUUCUGUGAGCUGCACUGUGAGCAACAUGACUGGCAGCCACGUUUGUUGUAAUUUUUUAAAUAUGUGGAAAAAAAGCAAGAUAUCGACCAUGUAUUACCUUAAUCAAGAUGCCAAAUUAUCUAACUUGUUUCUCCAGGCCAGCAGCCCAACGACAGGGGCAGCUCCCAGGAGCCAGUCAAGGUUGUCUGUCUGUCCAUCCACUCAGGACAUUUGCAGGAUCUGUCACUGCGAAGGGGACGAAGAAAGCCCCCUCAUCACACCCUGUCGCUGCACGGGGACCCUGCGCUUUGUCCACCAGUCCUGCCUCCACCAGUGGAUCAAGAGCUCAGACACGCGCUGCUGCGAACUCUGCAAAUAUGACUUCAUAAUGGAGACCAAGCUCAAACCCCUCCGGAAGUGGGAAAAACUACAGAUGACCACAAGUGAAAGGAGAAAAAUAUUCUGCUCUGUCACAUUCCAUGUCAUCGCCAUCACCUGUGUGGUUUGGUCUUUGUAUGUGUUGAUAGACAGGACCGCGGAGGAAAUCAAGCAAGGCAAUGACAAUGGUGUCCUUGAAUGGCCAUUUUGGACAAAACUGGUUGUGGUGGCCAUUGGCUUCACAGGAGGUCUCGUCUUCAUGUAUGUACAGUGUAAAGUCUAUGUCCAAUUGUGGCGCAGGCUGAAGGCCUACAACCGUGUGAUCUUUGUGCAAAAUUGCCCAGACACUGCCAAUAAGCUGGAGAAGAACUUCUCGUGUAACGUAAACACGGACACCAAGGAGGCUGUGGUGGUGCCAGUAUCACAAACGGGUACAAAUUCACUGCCAUCUGCAGAGAGCGGUCCCCCAGAAGUCAUACCAGUUUGACGGAACCAGUUGACAGUUUCUUCUCAGAAGACCAUCUUUCUAGCCUCAGCCACAACAAUUGACUGAAGCGAUCCUGCAUUACUCACUUCCUUUAUCGGCUCCUUGCUCCUACUGACUCAUUUUUCCUUACUUUGCUCAAAAAGGACAGAAGGAAAAAACAUCAAAUGAGCAGGACACCAGGAAGCGAGCCUGAAGUGUGAUAUGGAAAUGUGAAGAUGGCUAGAGAAUGACUUCUAAGACAAUACAGAACUGUUGGUACCGGAAUGCUUUUAGGCAAUGACAAAUUAAAUGGACACAUGAUACUCUUCGUAGUAGCAGGGGAAAAGUUCAAGAAUAUAGACUUGACUUGUAACAUGUGUUUCUUCUAAGGGUCUUGUAAUGUUAGCUAUCUCAUCUGGAUAAACACAUCUGGUUUUAAGCCUGAAAUUGUCUGCAUUAUUCCUGUCAUACUGGAAGCAAACUUGGAGGAUGCAUAUUUUGAUAUUCUUUGACAGCUGACAGAUUUUUAUGGCAAUAGUGAAGUCUGGUUAUUUUGACAGAUGCAUGUUAUAAAAAUGGAUGCAAUACACAUUUGAAGAUAGUAAUACUUGGAACUAUGUUUGAAUCAUGAACAAAAGAUUUUCAUAAGAUUAUUGGGUGAAAUUAGCUCUUUUAAAUGCCCACAAAAGUUGAAAUCGUCUAACGGGUCCUAUAUUUUACCUGGCCCCUCUAAUACAGUGCUGUCCAACAGAAAUACAACUCGAACUACAAACGAAAGCACAAAUGCAAAUUUUAAAUUUACAGGUAGCCCCUUUAUAAAAAUAGGUGAAAUUAAUUUUUAUAAUUUAAUACCAUAUGCUAUCAAUGUAAAACAUUAUUGAAACAGUCAUAUUUUUUUUAUAAAGUCUUCAAAAUCCAGUAUGCAUUUCACAACACACCUGUUUGAAUGAACUAAAUUGGAUAGCAUGGCCCUAAUUAGAGACUAAGGCUCUACUUUAUUUAAUGGCUGAAUAUUUCAAAAUAAAAGCUUAAUUUAUUCCUUUAUCUUCAAGUUUCAUUGAAGGGUCAUGAUUUUACAAAGCACUAAAUUAAUCAAAUUAAGUGUCCUAGUUUGAAGAAUUAGAUGAAGUUGCCAUUUCUCUAAGAAAACUAAAUUUUUUAAAAAAGCAAUCUGCUUGUAGCAAAAUUGUGAGAUUAACUUCUUUUGCUACAAUGAAGCAACUACAAUAGGGAAAUAAAAAUUAAGUAUUUUUGUUAUUAAAUCAAAAGUGUUUUUCUUACUCCAUAUGAGUGUCAACUUGACUGAUAAGUAGUUACAGCCACAAACUAGAUCUUAUUUUAAAAAGUUGACAAUAUAUUCCUUGACAGUUCAGAAGCAAAAACAUUCAACAGAUUCUAUGGUAAGUAAUAAAUUGAGUUGUUUAGGUUUGACAGUUGAUUAUUGCAUUCUUUAAAUACUCAUAUAAAACUGAAGUGUGAAUGAUAUUGCAGAGAGCUAGAUUAAUAAUUACAAGCAUAGUGACCUGUCAAAGAAAGAUGGCCUAGUAAAAAAGUGAUUUUUAUUAGCUGUCAUAUUUAUUAUUGUGAAAAGGCAGAGAUGGCCAUAAGAACCAAAGCAUGGGUAUCACAUUGCACAAAUCUGGGUAUCACAUCAAUGCACUUUGUAAUUAUCAGUGUGCUUGUUCUUCACAGAUUAUCAAAGGAAAAAAAAUAACCUUUUAAAAAGAGGAGAAAGUAUGGAUAUUAGUAGUGGCUGAUAUGGAGUCCAAAUAGCCACAUUCCUAGAAAUAAAGAAAAGGUAAACAAUGUUGAUUUUGUGUGUGUGGCAUGUGUGUAUUCAUGUAUAUAUGUGAGAAAAAUGUUAAGGUAUUCAGUCAGGAAACAAAAGGUUUAAAACUCAUCUUUCUUAAAACUUUUAGGGGAUGGAGUAAAGGCACAAGGAAAACAAAGUGGAGGUUAUUAAACUGGACCAAAACUACAGCAGGAAUGACUUCAGUGAACCUUAAACAAACUAAACUUUGCAUUAACUUCCCCUAUAAAGUGUGAAGAUAAAUGUACUAAAAAUAACAAAGAUUGGGUGAUUUAAUCAUAGCACCACACCCAAGGAAUUAACCUUGAUCAUAUUUUCCUGUUAAUUUGCUUAAUCCAUUUCUCUAUGGUUUAGCAAGGGCAAUAUGUUGCUUGCAAAUAUUUCAUGGGAGAAAAUCUCAUCUCCAACAAACAAAGAAAUAUUGAUUCCUCUUUUGUUUGCUCUGAAAGAAAAGCAUUAUUUACCUUAAUUACCAGGGAAAAUACUGUUUUAAAUCCAAAAUAGAUAAGAGUAUAUCUUUGCACAGUGGGAGAUGAUUGGCUAAAAUAAAACCUUACUUAUCAAGGGUUACAUUUAACACUAAGAAACAUUUCUAAAAAGCUAAGACAAGCUUUGCUAUAUUAGUGAUAAAAGAUGAAAUGGUUUUAAAACUGUGCCCAAAGUCUCAAAAUUAACUUUCUUAGGUCUUGAUUUUAUUGAAAUGAGAAAAUAAUAAAGCUCCCUAACAGGAUAAAAGUCAACAUUUAAUUCUGUUAUUCUUCUGACCUUUCAAAAUCCUAACCUGAAUUUCAUUUUAAAAAAUUCAUUGCAGAAAAGUUUCAUUAAAAAGCUUUCCUGCAAUGGAUGUUUGUGGUUCACCUGAUUUGGAACAACUACAUUCACUCAAAACCUAAUGUUGAUUCAUUUACAUUCCUUAUGGCAAUGGUACCUUUUUCCUUUCAUCACUGAAAAUAUUUGGCUUUGUGGCAGUGCUUUUUCGGUGAACUGAUUUAUCUCUCAAAAAGAAAAAAUGAGCUAUGCAAUGACAAUUUUUUGAGGCAUGUUUACCUGCUCAUGUCAGAAACAAAAUGGAAUUCAAGCAAAGAACGGAAAUUGAAGAAUGAACCUACAGCUGUUUAAAACUUUGGCUUUUUAUAAUUAUGACCCAAAUUUGUGAUACCAUGAACUACAAACAUUGAGGCUACUGCCCCCCCACUCCCCAGUACCAGGGAUUGAACUCAGGGGCAUAUUCGACCACUGAGCCACAUCAGCCGUAUUUUGUAUUUUAUUUAGAAUCAGGGUCAAACUGAGUGUUUAGCACCUCACCCAGCAUUUCUGAGACUGGCUUUGAACUCUGGAUCCUACUGUCUCAGCCUCCUGAGCCACUGGGAUUAUUGGCAUGUGCCAUCCUGCCUGUUGAGGCUGUUAAUUUCUCAACUAAAGAACUGUCACCUUCAUUGUAUAGGAUUAAAGAUUAAAGCAGUAAAGAAAUGAAAUUCCAACUUUUAAAAAGUGAAGCCCAAAAGGCAAUUAAGUUUAGGAACAAAAACAAACAAGACAAGAUUUCUUUUUAACAAAAUUAAAAUAUAAGUGAUCCCAAGGAUGUGGGACAGCAAUGCAGAAAUUGAAGGAAUCUUUCUCAAAAUGCCCCAGCAUUACAUCUCAGUAGGAGCUGCUGUUACAUGAAAUUAUGAUCCUAGAAAGAUGGCCUUGAUUGUACUUCUUGUUUUACAAAAGGUCCUUUGGUACUCUUAAAACAUCUAUUCUUUGGCUGGAAAAUUAGCUCAUUAGCUCAAUGACAUCAUUAAGAGAAAUUAUAAUGGUAAUGGUCAUGGGGCAGGAAGGUCAUCAUUCCAUCCGCUAGAUUUAAUUUAUCUUUCCUUGCCUUGACAACGAUUUUUUUGGAACAAAGUAGAGGUCUUAAAAUUUAUUAUCAUUACUAUUGUAGUUAUUAUAUAAUAACUGUGUAAGGAUUACAUUUUAAUUAAGAAAGAUGAAAACCUUUUUUCUUUCCUCAAAUCAGCCCAAUGGUGCUAUUUUACAUAUCAAGAGUUGAAAGGAAGUACUGUUAUUUUGGGCUGCAGUGUUUCCUCCACAUCUAAAGAAAGCCCACCUUGAAAUUGGAUAUUGCAUUGAAACAAAGAAGAAAAAUUAUUUUAACUGUGUGCAAUUUUUGAGAUUGGGCAUUUGUACUUUUUUUAGUUUUACCUAAUUCUCUUUCAUUAACAAUAUACUGUUUGUGAAUAAUGUGUACUAAGACAAACUAAGGAAAAGAAAAUAAAGAUCUGUGAAAGACUUUGUAUAUUAAACAAGUGAUUCCAAUUUU